UGAUGAUCAGUGUAGCCCCAGCAGUGCCACCAGUGUCCAUCAGUGCCAGCUCUCAGUGCUCAUCCAUGCCACUUGCCAGUGCCCAUCAGUGCCACAUCAAUGCCACAUUUCAGUGCCUACCAGUGCACAUCCAUGCCACAUAUCAGUGCCCAUCUGAGCUGCCUUUCAGUGUCACCCAUCAGUGCCAGUCAUUGCCACCUAUCAAUGCCAAUCAGUGCCACCUAUCAGUGCUGCCAAUCAGUGCCAGCCAGUGCCGCAUAUCAGUGCCAGUCAGUGCUGCCUAACAGUGCCAGUCAGUGCCAUAUAUCAGUGCUGCCUUUCAGUGCCCAUCAAUGAUGCCUGUCAAUGCCCAUCAGUGCCACAUACCAGUGCCUCCUCAUCAGUGUCCAUCAUGCAGCCUCAUUGGCGCACAUCAGUG